GAGACGAUGUCUCAACAACUUUGGUCUCCUCCGGGCAAGAGAUCUCGCCCAAGCCGAUGAUCAGGCGCUCCUAUUACGACCCUGCCGUGCGUGCCCGAGAGCAAGUCAUCUCGGUUAAGCCCAGUCACAAGAAGCUGGUGAUCCCUGCGCACGAGGUUGAUGAGCCGAAGAUCCCGGCUAAGGUGGAG